GGCAGCUGCUGCUCGGGAAGAGCAGGCCUAGAGACUCACCCAACCCGAGGAGGUUUAAAGUCAGCCAGGAUGGCCUCCAGAAGAAUUUUGAGCUUUAGUGAAAGACACCAGAAGUUAGUGGAUGAAAACUUCCGCAAAUCGUUGCAUAUCCAAAUCUUGAAUAAGUUAGAGAGGCAAGCCAGGAACCAGAUCGUGCAAAAUGAAAACGACGAGAGGGUCGAACGGAAGAGAUUCCUCAGGGUGCUGCAGAAUGAGCAGUUUGAGCUAGACAUGGAAGAAGCCAUCCAAAAAGCAGAAGAGAACAAGAUGUUGAAGGAUCGACAGCUGGAGCAGGAAGAGAGACUUGCCAACGAGCUGGCCCGCCUAAAGCACGAGAGUCUGAAGGACGAGAAGAUGAGGCAGCAAGUGCGAGAGAACAGUAUUGAACUCAGAGAAUUGGAACAGAAAUUGAAAGCCGCUUACAUGAAUAAGGAGAGAGCUGCCCAGAUUGCCGAGAGGGACGCCAUCAAAUACGAACAAAUGAAACGUGAUGCCGAGAUAGGCAGGACCAUGAUGGAGGAGCACGAGCGGCUCCUGAAGGAAGAGAGCGUCAAGCAAGACCGGCGGAACAGGGAGAAGGCGCAGUACCACCUGGACCUGGAGAAGCAGCUCAGAGAGCAGGAGCGGAGGAAGGAGGAGGCCUAUGAGCAGCUGCUGAAAGAGAAACUCAUGAUUGACGAAAUCGUCAGGAAGAUCUACGAGGAGGACCAAUUGGAAAGGCAGCAAAAAUUAGAGAAACUGACCACAACUAAGAAGUACAUUGACGAGUUCCAGCGGGAGCAAGCCCUCUGGAGACAGAAGAAGCGUGAGGAGAUGGAGGAGGAGAACAGGAAAAUUAUAGAGUUUGCCAGCAUACAGCAGCAGAGAGAAGGCGAGCGGAUGGCCAAAGUUCAAGAGACUGAGGAAAAGAGGGCCCAGCGCCAGAAUCUGCUGAUCCAGAAACUGGAGGAAAUGCUGCGGCAGCGCGAGGACCUGGAGCAGGUACGGCAAGAGCUGUACCAGGAGGAGCAGGCCGAGAUCCUGAAGCAGAAACUGAAGGAAGAAGCAGAGCAGAAACUGCGGAAGCAGAGGGAGAUGAAGCAAGACUUUGAAGACCAAAUGGCCCUGAAGGAAAUAAUACUACAGGCUGCAAAAGAGGAGGAGGAGACCUUCAGAAAAGCCAUGCUGGCUAAGUUCGCUGAAGACGACCGGAUAGAGCUCAUGAAUGCCCAGAAACAACGGAUGAAGCAGCUGGAGCACAAGCGGGCCGUGGAGAAACUCAUCGAGGAGCGGCGCAGCCAGUUCCUUGCAGACAAAAAACGCGAGCUGGAGGAAUUUCAGCUACAGCAGAGACGGCAAGGCUGCAUCAAUGAGAUUAUUGAAGAAGAGAGGCUGAGACUCCUCAAGGAACAUGCUGCAAAGUUACUAGGCUAUCUCCCCAAAGGAGUGUUUAAAAGAGAGGACGACGUUGACAUGCUCGGUGAAGAGUUUAAGAAAGCGUAUCAGAAAAGGGGGGAAGCCAGUGAAGAGAAGUGAUCAGCACUGCAGGACGGAUGAAACCUGGAUUUCUCAGAUACUACCACUAGAUGUCAGUGUAACUGCUCUCUUCCAGUUGGUGACAGUGGGUCUCCAGUGUCUGCAUGUUCUAAAACAUCCUCCUCUUUCUCCAUUUAUAAACAGUUAGACAAAAAUUAAACACAUCAGUAGUUUAACUGAAGGA